AUGAUGGGUCGAACAUGGCAGCUCCGGAACAAGGAGAGCUUCAUCAAUUAUGUGAAGAUUGAGCUGCAGCUGCUCAGGCUGGAGUGGAAGAUCAUCUUGCCCUGUGUCAUCAUGCAGUACGUCCACGCCAUUUUCCACAAUCUGGCUUACUACAUCCAGGGCAACCAGUUGUCGAUCGAGCAGCGCUUCACGCUGUAUGAUCUGGGCUUCGAGCUGCUGCCGGAAAUCCACGGCUUUGCCACGUCGCUCUCGGAGAUUCUCGUGUUCGCCGUGAUCUUUGGCCCCGCCAUCUGCUUGGUGUUGACGAUCCCCUUUACAAAGCAAGAGCCCGGGCGUCCACGCUACCUCGUGAUCGUGCUCAAACGCUGUUUGAUGCAGAUCAGCAUUUGUCUGGUCCUUCGUGUCCUGUCGUUCCUCUCGACGGCUCUUCCGUCUCCAGCUGAUCACUGUGAGCUCAAGUUUGACGACGCGUGUAUGCAGGCGAAUCCGGACAAUCCGAUACCGUGCGUGGUUCCGAACCCAGACUUUAAACCGCCUGGGACCGGCGAGCUGUUCACACAUAUCGACGCGCUCAAAGGUUGCGGAGACUUGAUGUUCAGCUCUCAUACGAUCUACACCGUGUCGCUCAUUCUGACGAUGUCGAAGUACUGGCUCAACAAGUACGGCGUUGCCAUCAUGAUCGCCGUUCAGAUCGCGAUUGCGUUCCUGAUUGUAGCCUCGCGUAAACACUACACGCUUGACGUGUACUCUGCGCUGUACAUUGUGCCCCUCAUCUGGUUCACGCUGGAGGCGUACUACAAGGACAUUAACCACAAGGACACGGAGAUCACGGUGAAGACUAUCUACGACCAUUACGGCGUGGACGUCUCGAGCGAUGCGGACGAGGGCGCUGUGCCUCUGUACACGAGCGAUGAGGCUCCGAACGCGACGGGGCCGUUGACGUCGGUGCACGUGACGAUGACAGAAGACGAGAGCAUCAACGGCGACCGGUCUGACCCUGAUCACUCGAUCACUAGUUUCCAGCGGAAGAACUCACUGUAG